AUGAACGUCGUACUCCUGGCCGGCUGGUUGCUGCACUACCUGUACCGUGGUAUCGUACACCCCCUUAUAAUGCCGUACAGCUCCAAAACCGUGGCCGUGGGCAUCACCCUCGCGGGCAUCUUCCCCAACCUGCUCUUCAGCUACCUGAUUGCGGCGCAGCUAGCAUGUACGAACUACCCCUCUGACUGGGCAUCCCAGCCGCGCUUUGUGAUCGGCGCCGUACUGUACGGCAUAGGUACGGUAAUUAACCGCUGGGCAGAUCUGAAGCUGCGUGCUGGCCGGCUGGCCAUGGGGAAACACAGGCACUAUUUCAUACCCCGUGGUGGACUGUACGAGCUUGUCAGCUGCCCCAACUACCUAGGGGAGCUCCUAGAAUGGACCGGCUACGCUCUGGCGGUGUGGAGCUGGCCCGCCCUGGCGUGGGCCCUAUUCGGGGCGUCUACUUUCAUACCGCGGUCGCUAACCAACCAUAGGUGGUACAAGGAGCACUUUGGGAGUGACUACCCCGCUGGAAGGAGGGCGCUUGUGCCUUUCGUUCUGUGA